CCCUGCCCUGUCCGGCCCUGCCCGCGCCGUUGCCAUGGCGGCCGCGGCUCCGGCGUGAGGCGAUGGCGGCGCCGGAGGGCAGGGAGGCGGCGGGGCUGGAGCUGCGGGCGGCCAUCGGCUUCAACGGUCAUAUCCCAUUUGGCCUGAUCUGCCACCCCAAUAGGGAGCACCUUCUCUACCCGCUGGGAUGUACUGUGGUUAUUCAAGACAUGGCCAGCAAGAAGCAGGUCUUCCUGCAUGGCCACACCAACAAUGUCUCCUGCAUCGUCGUCUCAAGGAGCGGGACGUUUGUGGCCUCUGGACAAGUCACCUUCAUGGGCUUCAAGGCAGACAUCAUUCUGUGGAAUUUUUGGAAGAAGGAGUUACUUGCUCGGCUGUCCCUUCAUAAGGGUAAAAUCGAAGGACUAGCGUUCUCUCCUAAUGACCUUUAUCUUGUGUCACUGGGGGGCCAGGACGAUGGCAGCGUGGUUGUGUGGAACAUCCUAACUAGAGAGGCUGUCUGCGGGAGCCCUGCCUCAGCACGGAGUGCGGGCAAUACAACCAUUGUCGAGUGCUCUGGGUGCAGAGACGAGAUGUUUGUUACUGCUGGAAAUGGGACCAUUCGAGUAUGGGAACUGGAUCUACCAAACAGAAAAAUCCGACCGACUGAAUGCCAGACAGGGCAACUGAGAAGAGUGAUCACAAGUCUUAAGAUAGCAGAUGACGAUAACUAUUUUUACGCUGGCACAUCAAGUGGUGAUAUCCUGAAAGUGAACACAAACAACAAGCUGAUGACUGAGUAUGGGCCUAAACAGAAGUUUAGCUUGGGAAUCACAGCCUUGCUUUUGCUGAAGACAGGAGAUUUAAUAGUCGGCACCGGAGAAGGGAUCGUGGCUCUCUGUAAAGGGUCAAACUACAAAGCAAUGAAGAGGAUUCAAGUUCAAGGUGGUGUCACUUCCCUGACAAGCAGAGGCCAGGGGCACCAGUUCUUUGUGGGGACAAACAUGUGCCAGAUGUAUCGAAUUAACUGUGCUGCCUUUAAAGAGGAGCUGAUUGCUGCCUGUCAUAAUGAAGCCGUUCACGACGUCAUUUUUCCUGUGGGAACUUCCGACUUGUUUGCCACCUGCUCCAAAAAUGACAUUCGUGUGUGGCACACCCCAGAAAACAGGGAGCUGCUGCGGAUCGUCAUCCCCAACAUGACCUGCUACGCCAUAGAGUUCAUGAAGGAUGGCAAGAGCAUCAUUUCAGCUUGGAACGAUGGGAAAAUCCGUGCCUUCAUGCCAGAGACUGGACGGCUAAUGUAUGUGAUUAACAAUGCCCAUAGUUUGGGAGUGACAGCAAUUGCUGCUACAAAUGACUGUAAAAGGAUCGUUAGUGGAGGAGGUGAAGGGCAGGUGAGGGUCUGGGCAAUCGGUGAGAAAACUCGCAAACUGGAAGCAGUUCUGAAGGAGCACAUAUCUACCGUGUCUUGCAUUAAGAUUAAGAAGAAUGACCAAGAGUGUGUCACAGCCAGCCUUGAUGGAACGUGCAUCAUCUGGGAUAUUGUGCGUUCUGUAAGAAAACAAAUGAUUCUAGCCAACACAUUGUUCAAAUGUGUGUGUUACCAUCCUGAAGAGUACCAGCUAAUUACCAGUGGGACAGACAGAAGGAUUGCAUACUGGGAAGUGUAUGAUGGCUCUCCAAUCAGAGAUUUGGAAGGCUCGCUGUCGGGUUCCAUCAAUGGGAUGGACAUCACAUCAGAUGGGGCAUACUUUGUCACAGGUGGUGAUGACCAUCUGGUGAAAAUGUGGGACUACAACGAGGGUACAGUGACUCAUGUUGGAGUGGGCCACAGCGGCAACAUCACCCGUCUCAAGAUCUGCCCUGGGAACAAGUACAUCGUGAGUGUGAGUGCAGAUGGUGCCAUCCUGCUCUGGAAAUACCCGGACUUCCCCUAACAGCUGGCACAGGAGCUGCUGGGCUGCUUCUUCCUUGGCCCAUCCUACAGCUCCUUUCUGCUUACAGAUGAGGUUGUUUUAAAGCAUUCGUACUGUUAGAGGAGAGAACCAUUUUUCUACUCUCUGUUAUGAAUUUACCAGAUCCUUCAGAUGUCCUUUCUAGCACUAAAUGAAUAGGUCUGAUUUUUUUUUCCAAGGGGGUAAGAAUUUCCUCUUCCUCUUAGUUUGGAGUGGAAGUAUUCAUCACUUCUGAAAAUCAUCCCAGCUGUUGUAACAGUGGUGUUUUGUUACUGCCACCUUUCCUGGCAGUCUCCAAGCCUAUUCUUGCUCGUAUGACUGCUCAUUUGUGUGCUCUCUCUCUUGUUCGUCCCUGCCCCCUUCUGUCCCUUUCUUUAAUGAAUAACUUGUUGUGUAAA